AAACCAUGGCAGUAAAGACGAAAGGAGAGAGGAGUCGGCGACGAUGGCGCUGUUCUCCUCGGCCGCCGCUCCCCCGUCGGCACGACGCCCCACCGGCCCGCUCCUCUCCUUCCUCCUCCCGAGCCUAAGGUGCUCGCUGAACCCUAGCGCUCGUAUCUCUUCUGCCCUCCGAAGAGAAGCGCCGGCAAAAUCCCUGUUCUUGUCGUCGGAGGUUCGAUACCUUCGGAAGCGACGUGGCUCCCCUCGCGGCGACGUCCGAACCGCCGCCUCCCACCUUUGCGAGCAAGAAAGGCCGGCCUUUGACAGGAGUUUCCUCUCCGUGGGGGAAGCCAUGUCGGAUGACGAGCUCUGGGCCGCCAUCCGCCUCCGGGUUCGCACCUUCUACAAUUUCAACGAGUCCUACGGUAUCGAGGAUUAUAAGGCAUCUGUGGCCAAAAGGGAGUUCGAAGGUCUGAAAGAUCGCGUUGCUGGGAAAACCAUGGGAUUUAGAAAAGCUUCUUGCAUCAAUGCUACUCUGCCAGUAUCAGCAUAUGGAGGCUCCAUAGAUGAACUCUGCUCUAUAUGUAAGUUUUCAAAAAAGAAAGGAGACCGAGUAGUUGUUGGAACCUUAGAUAUCAAUUGGUGCCUUCAAAUGCCUGAUGAAUUGACAGGAAAGCGACCUGAGGGGCUUGGAGCCGACCUCACAAGGGCAUAUUUAAGUAAUGUAUGUGUUGCCAAGGAGUUGCAAAGAAAUGGCUUGGGCUAUGCAUUAAUUGGAGAAUCUAAAACAGUUGCUCACUCUUGGGGCAUAACUGAUCUAUAUGUUCAUGUUGCGGUUGACAAUGAAGCAGCACAAAAAUUGUACAAUAAGAGUGGUUUUAUUUAUGAAAGCGAAGAGCCUGCUUGGCGAGCUAGAUUUCUUGGCAGGCCUCGGCGAUACUUGCUUUGGACUGAUUUAGGUAAAUUAAGUUAGAUAUUCACAUUAGUGGUUUUGAUAGCAAAGCUGGUCACAAAGAAAAGAUAUGGAAAUGUAUGUCAGCAACAUUCAUGUGUAUACUUUUAUCUUUUAUUUCACAUCAAUCAAAAUGAUUACAUAGUUUUGUUGCUGA